GUUGGUGCUCUUUUUGACCCAUAAAUGGCUGCUGUGUAAUUAUGAGUAUUUGUGCUCAGAAUAUUAAUGGACUUACUAAGUGGUACGAAGGAUACAGAAGAAACGAGCCUUUAACACUCCCAGCACAGCUGGUGUUGAUAUCAGUGGAGAGGCAUCUUUAACUUAAAGACUUCAGACAGCCUCAGUAAUAAUUUACAGGAACAGAACCAGGAAAUUAAAAUAGAGCAAUAACCGUCUGGGACACUUUAUUUUUAUUUAUUCAUUUAUAUUUUUAUUUAAUUAAUUUAUUUUUUUUUCUUUUUACAAAUGUUCAAAUAAUUGGUUUCUUUUGCCUUAAUUCAUUUUAUACGUAUUUAGUUAUUUCUUCAAAAUACCAGACUUGCAUAUAACUUUGUACUUCUUGUCUGUCUGGUGACAUAAUUUCUAAAUAUUGAACUAAAUGUUCUGGUCAGUUAAUAAGUACUUCAGUGACUCUAAGACACAAAUGUAACUUUAUGUUUGUGUAACAUACAUUUAUGCAAUGUUUGUUACAUUGCAUAAAUGCAUAUUGUUUGCUACAUUAUGCAACUUUGUGGUACAUUGCAUAAAUGUUUGUUACAUAAUUUCUCAAUUGGUGACUGUAUAUUUUUAUGACCUUUUAUUCUUGUGUUUUCAUGAUGUAAAACACUUUGAACUGCAUUGUUGCUUCAACGUACUAUGCAAAUAAACGUAAUAAAUUCAUUGAUUAUCAUUCCGUGUUAAGAAAAUAGAUAGAGUUCCUAUAAGGGACAGCGUUUAUGGAAAAUCAAAGCAAAAACUAAAGUAGCUCAUUAACAGGAACAUGAUAGACGCCCUUUCUGACCAAUAUAAAAGAGAACAGAACUCCAGUCUCUCCAGAACUCUCUUCAGGAUUCAUCCCUGCAGAUAAACUCUGAUAAAAACUCUGAAAUCUCCCAGAAUCAUAAACUUCAGACUCCAAGAUGAUAUUGCUGUUCUUCUUGUUUGGUCUCUCUCUGGCUGCAGUGGCUCCUUCAGACAAACAGGAGAUGAAGCUCCAGCGGGGCGGCUGUCCCCCGUUCUGGUACAGCUUCAAUGAGCGCUGCUACAAGUACGUCGCCACCUUGAUGACCUGGGCUGAUGCAGAGCAGCACUGCGUGACCCAGGAAGCCAACCUGGUGUCCAUCCACAGUCUGGAAGAAGAGAACUUUGUCAAAAUGCUGAUCAGAAACUUUGAUCACGCUGAGGGAGCCAACUGGAUCGGACUCUCUGAUGCUCAGAAGGAUGGAACAUAUUUCUGGUCUGAUGGGUCCAGAUUCAACUUCAAGCUGUGGAAUGCAGGAGAACCAAAUAAUAAAGGAGGACCUGAACCCUGUGUGCACACCAACUAUGGCCCAUCCAAGGGAUGGAACGAUAAAGUGUGCACAGACAACUACUCCUCUGUUUGUAAAGCUCGCCUGGAUUCGCAAUAG